CAAUGGGAAACUAUCUUCCCUCUUUCUUCUUUCUUUUUUUGGGGGGUGGGGAUGGUUGGUAGUCAAUUGACUCUUCUCAAAAUCAUGUAUAGGUGUAUUUUCAUUUGAUGGGUGGCUAUUAUAUUUUCUGAAUAAGUAAUAGUCUAAUUCCAAAAAGAAAAAAAAAAAAAAAGAAAAGAAAAAAGAAAGACACUUCAAAUAAUCAAAUGCUAAAACUGAUUGCUUUGAUAAUAGUUGCAUAAACCAAACACUAAUUGACGAGUCUUUUUGUUUCCUAUCAAAAGUAAUAUCAAGAUGCCUUUCGCAAGUCCUAUAUCCUUCUGUCAUUUAAUUUAUUUACUUCUAUAAUAUAUAUUGCUUUUUAUUCACAUUGGGUAAGAAAGCAUCGAGAAGUGGUAAACAUGAAUUUCAGCGAGCUAUGAUUGUAUCUAGAUUGUUUGCUCAUAACAACUAGAGGGAUAUUAAAGGUGCCUUGGAAGAUCAUUUUGAAGUCUCUGUUUUGUUUAAUUCUUUCAUGGCUGACAAGACUUUACUCAAACUUGAUGAUGGUAACUCUCCAUUGGUUUUAAAUCCCACCGGAAAUUGGAAGCUCUGUUGUGAUUUUCAUUUGCUUAUCAAGAAGUGGUCUAGAGAUAAGCACGCUCAUCUGAAUUUCAUUGAAAGGUAUGGUGGGUGGAUCACAAUCAAGAACUUACCUCAACUUAUUGGGAACACAAUAUCUUUGAUGCUGUUAAAAAUUACUAACACUUAAUAUAUUGGAUUUUACUAAGAUGGACAUGGAAGUCAAAAGGAAUUUGUGUGAGUUUUUCCUGACUACUACUGGAAUUAGUGAUAGGAACAGAGGAAAUGUGUUUCUUAGAUUAGGAUGUGGAUUUUUUGAUGUCCCAGGGAAUGGAGUUUGUAUGAGUCUCAAUUUUUAGUUAUUCCUAUGUUUUCUAAUCAUGUACCUUUUGACAAGAGAUGAAGUUAUAGUCAUAAAACUUCGAAUAAACUUAAGUGAUAUUGUAGUUUACCUCAGUGAUGCUCAGGGUAACAAAAUGGCCAAGGUACUCGGAGGUAGUAGGAACCCGAGAUGAAGAGAUAAUUUUAGUCAUAACUACAUCAUUCCCAAUAGUUGGCAACAUAUUAGACGUUUCAUUUCGAGCUUUAGGGACAUUUAAAGACAUGGAGUUUCUGAGAUAUUCAGAAAUGGAUUUGUACAUUCCUCAGACAUGGAAGCUUGCUGAUCUGUUGACUGAAAUAGGGAGUUGAAGGCAUUUGCAUAAAAAUCUUCGAACUAUUAGAUCAUCCAAUGUAUAGUAUAGUAAUUGGGCUGAAUAUCUAAUUCAAAUUGACAUCCGACUCAUCAUCUGAAUCAUUGAAAGGAACUGCAUUGGAAGAUGAAUGAUCAUUCGAUGACUUUAAAAUUUCAUGAGAAAAUUUGGAACUACCUAGACCUUUGUCAUAUUCAAUCAAUACUGAUGGGGUAUUUUUCUUCAAUCUUCUUCCUGGGAUAACCUCCUGCUUUUCUAAAUGAAUCAAAGGGAUUGAAGAUAUUUUCAAAGAACAUUUGGUCCGAAGGUACAAUAUCUUCAUUGAAUGUGAAUGAGAUGGGUCUGCAAAAUACGAAGGGGUUGAAGAUUUUUUCCCUGCAUAGAAUUUUGAAUAGGUUACAUUAAAACAAUCAUUUACUUUCUUAUUGCUCAAAAUUUCUAAAGAUUCAAAGACAGUAGGUACUCAUCAGUUUGUGCAUUUGUUUGAUAGACUUCCUCAUUUUAUGCCUUCGUUACAUGGGAAGAUUGGAGGAUUGGUCAGGUUGAUCUAUUAAGAGUGGGCCCACAGGAAUUUCCUCAAGAGGCGCGAGUAAAGGCUCCAAAGGAUUCGAUAAAAAGCAAUUGAACGUAUCCUCCUCGUUUAGACCUUGUUUAUAAAAUGCAACAUCCCCCCGGCUCAUUUAGGACUAUCUUCUAACUCAUUGUAAGGCAGCCUUCACAUGAAGAUCACUAUCAUUAAAUGCAACAUUCCCUGACUCAUUUAAAACCACAUUUUUUGAUCCAACUAACCUAUGAACUGGAGGUUCUAAAGGAGAAGCAUCCGAAGGGAAAUGCCUCCUUUUUUCAUAUCCUUGAUCACAAUGGUUGCAUGAAAGAAGCCCCUGAAAUACUCUCUAAUUGCUUCAAUCGUACUUCGCCUCCAAUAUAUUCAAGCAAUUUGGAGACAACAAAACGCUCACUGAAAUUAUAUGUAUCACUUUUGCUUCUCUCACCCAAAAUGAUGGUUCAAUCAAGUUGUCAAUACAAGAAAUCCCUGCAAGCUGAUUACUCUUUGGAUUAUUCCUCUGUUUCAUCUCCACAAAGUGGUUAUUCUUCAGAUUAUUCCUCUGAUUUGACUUCACAACUCUGCAGAUCUUCUGGACAAAGAGACUGGAGUUUUGGGAUUCUAUUCAUCUUUCUUGAUCUUUAAUCUUUCAAAGGUUAUUGAAAGACGAUGUGAUAUUGGCUUUUCAAUCGUUAUUGGGUCCCCUGGAUACUUCAAUGGUAGAUUCUUCUGAGGAUUCAAGA